CAAACAUGAAACGAAGCAGACGCUGCAAUGCGAUACAUGAAAGGAACGCCUACUGUUUCGUAUUCAAACAUUAAACUUUGUCGGCUUAUGAAGCAACGGCGGCUUUGUAAUUCUCUUUUGUUUUCAUAAUUAUGCAAAUUAAUUAUAUUGAAUUGUCGCAUUUCAUCUGACAUAUUCCAUCUAUUUUCUAUUUUGCAUGUUAUUGCAGUCUAAUUCAAUUUACGAAAAUUUUCGUGAUUUUUUUUGGUUAAUAUGGACGAACAAGAAGUCAAUUCUACUAACCAAAAAAAUGAAGAAAAUUCUUUGUCUGAACCCAAUUCUCCUACUCUUGAGACUGUUUCUGGAUUUUCUACAAGUUCAUCUCCUAUUCCACCAGAACCUUUUGAACCUUUGUUUUCUGUCAAAUUUUCAGGAACAGUUGAGAAAGACGGUGAUGUUGUGAAAUAUACUAUUAAAUCUAAGAUGAUUAGUGAUGAUUCUACAUAUGUGGUACAAAGACAGUAUGAAGAUUUUAUGUGGUUAGAACACUGUUUAUUGACUGCAAAUCCUCUGCCUGGUCUCAUUGUUCCUCCACUGCCACCUAAACCUGCAAUAACUUCUGAAAUGGCCGAAGCUAAAUCAAAGAAGCAACUAGGAAGUCACACAAAAACUUUGAUUGGAGAUCAAUUCAAUAAAGAUUGUUUACAAUUAGAGCAAUAUCUUCGCCUGCUUCUUUCACAUCGUUUGUUUGGAAAAGAUGAAGUUUUAACAAAAUUUUUGACAGAAAAAGAGCCACCUCCCAGAGCUAAAAUCAAAAGAGGCAUUUUUUCAAGAAUAUCGGAAAGUUUAGAAGGGAGAAAAAGUACUCAUAAGGAUUGUGAAGAGUUUUUCCAGAAGGAAAGAGAUUGGAUAUCAAAAUAUAGUGUACAAAUCAAAGAAACCAAUGAGGCCUUUUGUUCAGUCGUAUAUUCUCAGCAAAGACUUUGCAGUGUGCUUGGACAUCUUGCAACUGCAUUAACUUUGAGUAGAGGUUCUAAUGAGCCCAUUGCCAAGAUAGAAACAAAGUUGUGCAGUUUAUUUUCAGAAGCCUUAGAAGAUGCCAGACAUGGUCUUCAAGUCUUGUCUUAUAAUGAUGAGAACACCUUAGGUGCUUAUUUAAGUCUUUAUGCAAGUUACAUUGAUUCAGAAAAGGAAAUGUUGUCACAGAGAACACACUUGCUUGUUGAAUAUGAAAAUGCAAAUAAAGCUCUGGAUAAAGCUAAACCUCACAAAAAACAAAUGGCUGAGGAAGCUAAAUUAGCUGCUGAAAAAGCUUUUGAAGACUGUUCUGAUGUUGCAAGACAAGAGAUAAAGCAGUUCCAUAGAAGAAGAGUGAAUAUGUUCCAGGAAAGUUUAGAAAAAUUUGCUGAAGCUCAACUGAGAAAUGCUCGAGAUGUGAAUGCAAUGUUAGCCAAAUCUUUAACCAAAAUCAAGCAAUUUGAAAUAAGGGAUGGAUAAAAUUAUACUGAAAUAUUCUGUCAUCUGACUACAAAUUAUAAUGUGAAUCUUGGGAAAAUAUAGAUUUCCUUAUUUAGUAUUUAAUUUUAAAUACAGAGAUUUUGAAUGCAGGAAAACUUAUGUACAAAGAUAAACAUAGAACAUUUUCAGAAUAAAGAAUUUUCUUACAUUCU